AUGCGGACUUCCGAGCUACUGCAAAAUUUUUCCGAGCCUGAAGAGGAGGGCUUUUGGUUGGGAACUGAUAGACGAGAUGGCUCAAAAGGAUUUUUCCUCACCGAUUGUGGAGGCUUCUUCAAUGAUAUGUUGGCUGUGGCUCGAGAUGAACACCUCAAUGUUUUUGAUGUCUUCAAAAAAGAAACUCUUUGUCAAAAGUCUUUCGAGGAGGACGAUGAAAUCACUUCAGUUGUUUAUCAUCAUUUACUCUCAAGCGACCCAGAAGGUCAACCUGGUAUCCUUGUUGGGGUUAACAACAUGAAAAAACAAAGAUUUCUCGUUUAUGUGUUGACAAUAAACAUGGGAGAAGCUACGGUUUUACGAAAAGUUAGAAUAGCUCAUCCGGUUACGAGUCUUCGAACGCUUGUGAGCAGUCAUCGCAUGGAACAAGCAAAGGUUGCUCUUCACCCGAGAAUGAGAACUAUGCCACAUGUAAUUUGCAUUGGUACAAAAAAUGGUCAUUGCUAUAUUGGUCAACUGGAGGUUUCGGAUAGCACAAGACCGGAGAAUUGGGACGAAGAACUAACUCUUAAAAUGACGGAUGCUUUAAAAGAUUUUGCCUCUCGCGAUGCAACGACAUUUGAGUAUCAAGCACAUGGUCAAAAGCUGUGGAGAUUUCCCGUGGAUGAAGUGUUUGUUUCUGCUAUUGGAUUUGUGGAACGCGCAAGAACAUUGGUAAUCGGCUUGAAUUUUGGAGGCAUUGUUGUUUGCAGUCUUUCUGAUCAACCCUCUAUCGAGAGUAUUCCACACCAAAUGUUUCAAAGCGAACCGAAGUUUAUUGAAGCAAUGGUUCCCGAAAACGAUCCCCGACCAAGACUCUACUUCGCGGUCGCUUUUAAUUGCAGCCAAGCAACAGCUGCCGGGAUAACUCUUUUUGUGAUGGAAUUUCCAACCGAUGAAAGAGAAUCUAUGCACGAUCCAACAAAAUGGCAGUACAAGGACUUGGCUGUGAUUCCAUUCCUUAAGAUUUCGACUCCUGACAUGCGAGCAUGGAUAUCAAUGAGAUGCAUAGUUGGAGCUGAUAGCAAAUAUCACGCAGAACUGAACGAAACGAUAUCCAUUAACACGGGUCCAAGCGCAGCACAUUCGCGCACGUUGCUUUCGUUCUUCUACUUAUCACGAGACCAAGAAACGAGGCGUCUGAAGACUAUGGGUGGUCUUUUCGAUUUGAAUCAACACUAUUACAAACGACAAGUUCCUAAAAUUGUUUAUGAUGGUACCCUUGCAAAUCAGUGUCCCUUUAUCAGCUUCAUACACGACGUUCCCUGCAAAAUGAUGGAAGAAUUCUAUCCAUUGGAAGCAAUGGUAGACCCAAAAGAUUUGCGACGUUUUGCUUCAGAUAUCAGCAACGAUUUGGUGUUAUUUUACCCGUCUUCUUAUGAGAUUCCGACGAUUUACUUUACUGAUGGUUUGGUCGUGAGACAACUUUCUGCGUCUUCUCUGCAACAACAAGUCUUAAAGCGAAUAGUCGAGAAUCUCUACGAGUCACUAUGCAAACCCGAUGCUCCAUUUGCUUGGCUUCAAUCAAUUGGCCUCAUUCAAGCUUCGUUGGAUGAAACCUUCUGCGGGCCUGAUCAAGCUAUGGCAGGAGUCUUGACUAAUGUAGUCUACCAUCAUUACACAGUCGAAUUGCUCAAUCUUUGCAGAAAUCAAGCGAAACCAUUACCUGCUGUUGUACUACAAUCGGUGUUCGAAUGGAUUUGGAGUGAAGCCGAGCGGCAAUAUCAAAAUAUGCACAACAUUGUUGAUCCAUUGUUCCGAGGUAUGUGCGUUGAACUCAAUGACGCUGAUCAACGAUCUCUAAAUGCUUGCGAAUCGAUCUUUGGAUGUGCUCAGCGAAUUCUACCUUUGUACUUGGAUUUGUUAAAUGGCGAAGCGGCCGGUCUUUGGGAAUUAAGAAGCGAGACUGCUCAGUCAUUUCUUCAUUGUCUUACUUUUAUCUACAGUUUGCGGUGCGACAAGAUGUUACCUAUCAAUGACCAAACGCGCAAAGUCACUCAAAGAAUUAAAGAACAAAUCGAAUCGCGACGCAUGGCAGCUACCAAUCAAGGAAAACAACUAUAUAUUGAUGCGCUCUUGAAACGAAUCCACGAUCGGGUCAGAACCAAAGCUGACUUGAUUUGGCUUGACCGUGAUGUAUCUCGAUCAUAUCCACCAACAUUAUUGGAUCUUGUUUCACUCUUCCCGAUGUUCGAUAUCAGUGGAAAAUUAAAAAGAUCACUCAUCCUGUAUUACUUACUUGAUUAUCACAGUGCCAAUGGAUCCAACAAUUUAUUAAUGGCUCUCGAGGAUUUCUAUGCUGGAAAUGGAAGAAUGUUGCGCUUUACAAAAGAAGAGUUGCGAUCGGUGUAUGCAGAAUGGCUUGGUGACGUUGCGCUAGAGGCUGCGGACAAAAAGGAACAAAACAACUCCCUUAAAACCGACAAAGAUGCUUCCAUUCUCGAUAUUAGAAAAGAACUUUUUGAAGCGACGACCAAACUCAUGAGUUCGGAAGGUUAUAACGCUGGUGAAGCUGUUCGGAUUAAAGAUUUGAUGGAGCGAGUUUAUGGGCAUCCUUUGGAUAAAAUCAUGUGGAAUCUACUUCUUAUUGAUCAUGCUUUCUAUGACGAUGUUGACAUUGAGAUGGAAGUUCCUAAAGAGCUUGAAGGCGAUCAGCGUGUUCAAAGGUACUUGCUGAUGGUAGAAUAUCUUCGCUUAUCAAAUUACAAAAGCGUGAAGGAACAUACAAAGAAAUACGCUUUGUCCGAAGAGAUUAUGAGUAAAUAUCGAGCGAAAAAGAACGAAUCGGAGAAUCUGCCUGUGAAAAAAGAAUCACCUCGUACCAGCAUCUUUCGAGCGGAAAGUUAUGCAAAGAAGCUGAAACAAAUGAACCUUGACGCAAAACGGUCCGAUAAUUUGCUGAUCACCCCAGAGAAACAAGGGGAAGCCACAUUUGUGAUAUCACCAAAGAAGGCCAGGCUUUUACAUUUUGACGAUGAAGACACAUCAAUAAAUUUCAUGGACAAUGUACCAUCGGAAGAGUUAGAUCAACUACGUCAAGUCAUUCAAACGCCAAAAGCAAGAGCCAAUGCAGCUGCCCGAGCUGAAGGACACUUCCGAUCAAAUAUGGUUACUCCUGAAGAAGUCAAGGAACUACCGCCACCAACAAGCAUUUUAAGAAGUGCACAUAAACAGACACCUACGCGUGGUAAUAUUCGAUGGGAUCCGGAAGUGGUAACACCCGUGACAACGUUUUCCAAUGACGAAACGCGACAUGACUCGAUUCCUUUCAACUUGGAUGAAGAUGAGGAUGUACAAGAGAACAACGAGCCCCUUGAGAAUGAAGAACUUUAUUGUGACUCACGAGAAACAAUCGAGGAACCUCCUCAAUCAGGGUCAUUGCAACCCGCUGAGGACCAAAAAGAAGAAAACUAUUUUGGCGAAGAAAGCUUCCGCAUUAUCACUCGAGAAGAGCAAUCUGAUAGCGACAAAAUGGAAUGUGAACCCGAAGAGCCGUCGAUCGAGACAAAUUCAUCCCAACUAGUACCGAAAGACUUGAGUUCAUCCAAAGAGACGAUACAGACGCAUUAUACAUACAAAGAAGAGCAAGAAGUUCAUGUGAACGAUCAAGUGGUGCAGAAAGUGACGAAUAUUGAAACAACGACAGUGCGAAUUUGCUCUAUCGAUGAACAACCGACCAAUAUCGAGCCCGAAGAGGUACCGGCGGAAGAGAAUGGACUAUCUGAUGAGGCAGAAAGCAAGACACCGACUCCGGAACUCACAGAGAUCCCUCUGAUUACACCAGGACAUGUGAAGUUGAACGAAAGACCUGAAGCAAAGGAAAAGUCUCCGUACUCAUCUCCGAAGAAAGCUCCAUCUGUAUCUCCAACUAAAGAACAUCUGGAUAUGAAGACGCCCACAAAGCUAUCAUCGGUUAAUGAUGAUGCCGCUAUUCGUCGUUCUUCGCGAAAGACAACACCGCGAACUAGCUUCAUGAUCAUGCCUGAAACUCGCCGUUCACCUUCGCGCUCUACUAGAAAGCUUAGCAAAGAAACCGAGCACGUGGAGAAAACCACGAAUGAUAGUCCUCAGAAAACCGUUGAACCAUCUACUUCAAAAGCUUCUUCAUCACGACAAUUGUUUAAUGCAGAGGCAUUAAAGAGAAAGCCUAUUGAACAGCGUCUGGUAAAACUGGAAGAUGUGUUGCCUCGAAAAGGCCGCAAGCCAAGAACAACUUCAGAGAGUCAUGCCACAACGACUGAGGAGCAGCAACGACGAACUCCUGGAAGACCAAAGCGUGCUGUUUCUUCUACACCUUCAAAAUCGAAGAGAUUCUUCAGGACUACCCCGACCACAAGUGCAACGACUUCUGGACGAUCUUCCCGUGCAGCUAGUACGGUUAAAAAAGGCACAGCGUUGGAGACUGUACCAGAAAAGAUACCCUCUCCCGAAGAAAAGGCAACUCCACGCAGGCUAUUGAGAAGCGCAACAAAAGAAAAGAGCGUCGCUCCUAUAACUCCAGCUACCGGUAACUUGCAAAGAACUCCAUCUGCUCGCAAAAGGACAGCUGUUGAGCCACUUGAGGAUAUUAAGAGGUCGCGAAAGAAG